AUGAAAUCCAUUAGUAGGAAUAAAUGGGGCUACGGACCUGCUGCCAGCCGUACCCUAUAUACAGCGGCUAUUGAACCAAUUAUCUCCUAUGGUGCCGAAAUUUGGGGCUCUGCAGCUACUAGAGUCCACAUAAGAAGGAAACUGCUAUCCCUUCAAAGGCUUUUCUCCAUUAACAUUGCAAAAGCAUACAAAACUGCACCCACCGAUGCUCUACAGAUAAUAAACCGUACUCUCCCAAUUGACCUGAAGAUAAGGGAGAUGUAUAUCAGGCAUCAUCUCACCAAGCUUGCUGAGAACCAAUACACUAUGGACCAUUUCAACAGCAUCGCAGAUAAGGAGGAUUACCCGGAGGACCUCAAGAAAAUUGCUAACCUUAUUAAGGACAAUGACAUCGACAAAAGCAGAGCAUAUCUGCAUGUUCAUCCCUCCUUUGCCCCUGAGGUCAACAUCAACACUGGUACUUGUGUACAUCAUAACAUCAAUAUCUACACAGACGGUUCAAAGACUACUGAUUAUGUAGGUUGUGCUUUUGUGGUCUUCACUAAGGGGCGCUGUGUCUUUCAGCUUUGCAGGACCCUCGCUCAACAUUGCACAAAUAAUCAGGCGGAGUCGUGUCAACCUCAUCCUGUGUCUUAA